AUGGAUUUUCAACUUAAAGCAUCAUAUACCUACCUAUGUCUUAAAGGCCGAAAAAUUGAUUUUAUUGGUAGUCAAGACUCUACUCGUUUGCCAUUUCCUUAUAUUCAGAAUCGUCAGCAGCGCGAUGGAAAUGAAUUCCACAUCACAGUCAUUAGUCCUCCUGAUUGCAAAGAACUUGCCAGCAAACGACAACUGCCAAUGACAAAUAAAACAAAAUCAGACUCUCUCAGACAACUAUUGGCAGAAGCUAAAUCUCAGUGCACUGAUUUCUGGGAGAAUCCUAUUGAUCUAGGCCCUGGGCGUAUUGUCAACAACCACAGCCAAACAUAUUUUCGAGUGAUCCACUGGCCCACAGGGCAGUUGUUACGCCAAAGAAUGGGGCUCACAAACCCUGCCUUUUUUCAUAUUACCACCGGAUUCCACCCCACUGAUAUUUUCGAUUACAAAGGUCCGGGUGCACUCGAUGUUCUCCAAGGCUACGCCGAAUGCACUCCACAGAUAUUCCACGCGCUUUCUCAUCUAUCGGUAUUCUACAAGGAUGACCUAGUAUUUAUGCGCUCUCUUUGGUACCAGGCCAUGAGGCUCGGUCUGGUAUUAGACACUCUUUGCACUGGGUGGUACGUGAUAAGAGACGCCGAAAGAAUGUCCAUCAAAAACAUGCCCAACAAGAGCAUUAGCGGCUUCACGAACAAAUGA